GCGCGGAGUUCCGUGCGCGUGGAGGCGAGGCGGGGUUGGCGAUUGGCUGCGUGCUCAGCGUGCUUGCGUGCGUGCCGGGCCCCGCCCCCCUCCCGCCACGUCCCUGCGGCGGAGCCGGUGCGGGCGGGGGUUGGUGCCGCGGCUUCGUGUGCGGAACACCUGGUGCAGCCAUGAUGCCUGUUGCAACCAUGAUGCCUGACGACACGCCGAUGUUUGACCCAAAUAUUCUGCACGAACUUGACUGGAGUGAGAAUACGACGACGUUUUCUCCUGCUAUUUCUCCGUUAGAUCCAGGAGAUGGCCUAGUUUUGAGACCACUUUGCACGGCUGAUUUAAAUCGAGGCUUUUUUAAGGUUCUGGGUCAGCUGACUGAAACUGGAGUUGCAAGCCCAGAGCAGUUUAUCAAAACCUUUGAGCACAUGAAGAGAUCUGGAGAUUACUACGUCACUGUCGUAGAAGACACAAAUCUCGGACAGAUUGUUGCUACGGCAACGCUGGUGAUAGAACAUAAGUUCACUCACUCCUGUGCAAAGCGAGGGAGGAUAGAGGAUGUCGUUGUCAGCGGGGAGUGUAGAGGAAAGCAGCUUGGGAAACUGUUAACGUCCACUUUGACAUUGCUAAGUAAGAGACUGAACUGUUACAAAAUUACGCUUGAGUGUCUGCCAAAAAAUGUGGAUUUCUAUAAGAAGUUUGGCUAUUCGGUAUCUGAAGAAAACUACAUGUUUCAACGGUUCUUUAAUUAAGAACUUAUAGUAAUUUUUUUUUAAAGACUUUUGGUGGAGGAGCUUGUGCUACAAACAUUCUCUUCGUGAAAAAUUGAUAUAGUUUAUUGCUGCAAAUAUAACGAUUCCUAUAAAUAAUGAACAUGAAAUGUGUAAAUCCUGCGAAAAAAACAUUACUGACACUUUAGAAGGGUCCUUUGGGUUAGAAAAUAAGCGCUUAGAACUAAUUUUUACUACUGUUCAGUCCAAGUGAAGCUUUUUUGUUCUAGCUGAGUUACAAAGGACUCUUGUGAAAAGGAUGGUUUUUAACCAAAGGUAUAUAUUUUUAUCUCAAAUUUUUUCUUGCCUUGUAUUUUUCUAAAGGUUUGUGCUUCUUUUCUCGGUAGCCAAAGUGCAGCUGGUGGGAUUGUUCUGUACUUGACAGAAGGACGACGUAGCUUGGGUAGGGAUGCUUCUCGUGCGGAGUUAGCGAUACAGAACGGGCGCUUGUUCUCUUUCCACAGAAGUGCUUUCGGUAUUAGCGUACCUCACAUUUUAUAGGCACUAUUUUCCAAAACUGAAUUUACUAUGCUAAAGCUGAUGUUCCGAGUCUAAAAAUGGAUGCGUACUUCUCACUGCAGGGGUUCUGCACUUUAGCUGAUAACUUUGUUUUCAGGAUAAUUACUUGUUUUCUGACACACAAAAAAAAACACCCAAUAGUUUGCUGCUGUUUUGGAGCAUCCCUCUUGCUAUAAAAUUGGAUGAUUUUAGCACUUUUGCCAGCGACGGCAAGCAAAUAACGUACAAAACCCUGGUUUUCAACAGUGGUGUUUUGUGCGGAGAGAGUGACAAAUCCUACAUCUGUGACUUGGGCAUUAUGAAUGCAGGAAGGUUCGGCCAGAACAGCCAGUCCCGUCUGUGAACAGUUGGGCCUUACACAAUGUCCUUUCAUUGUGGUGUGGAGAGCUACUUAAAGCUGUGGUGGGGCUUCUAUUUAACGUUCCUGAUGGUACUCCACUCAAUAUAGUGUUUCCUUAGUGAUGUCUGGUUUAUUUAUUGAUUAUUUUUUUAAAAAAAUCUUUGUUUAGGCUGAAUAAAUGAAGACUGCCAAAUGUA